AUGGAGUUCCUGUCACGGUACCCGGAUGGUACGAAAUACACGCCACCGUUGUGGCGACUACUGUACGAGGCUGCGUUGGGUCUGCAGUAUCUUCAUGAGCGCGAGAUUGUGCACAACGAGCUUCGUAGCGACAGCAUCGUCGUUGUGGUGGAGAAAACGACCAAUAGAAGACGCCGCGGGAGGAAAACGAGGCGGUAUCUUGGACUUAAAAGCUCGAAGCAGGAGCUGGCCAAGCUCAACGGACUGCACUUUGUACCUCUACGUGACCCGCGGGGUCUUGCGGACAGGAAGGCGUCGGAUAUCUACAGCUUCGGUGUGGUCAUUGUUGAGGCAGUUUUACGCAACACUCUAGAGAGUGACGAGCUGGUGGACCAGUCGCUCUUAGAGCAGAGACCGGAUCCAUUCGAGCAUGAAGCGUGGGAACUGGUCAAGAGAAUGUGCGCGUGGCAGCCAGAGCUACGUCCGUCAGUCUCGUACGUGGUGCAGCAGCUCGGUCAACUGGCGAACAGGGAGCGACAAUCAGGUCAACGCGAGUCGGGGGAGAUGGAUACAGCGAGUGACGGGCGUUCGAACACUGCAAGCGAGUCGACACAACUACAUGUAGUAGACGUAGAGCUACACGUACCAGGGGACUCGCCUUUGACGAUCUCGCAGUCGUUCGAGACGUUAAAGGAGCAGAUCCAAAGCCACGAUGACGCUAUCGAGGCGAGCAACGGCGACUUGGACGCCCAGAUUCUGCUCCGAAUGGAAGAUUUCUUCGCGCGUUUGUGUCGUGUCGAGGCCGAUUUGGACCAAGACAGCGACGAGACCAGCGCGUUUCCUGCUAUCGUGACCAGUUUCGUGGAUAUUUUGACGCAGUUCAGGCUUCACGUGAGCGUCGGCGGCACUGGCAGCCGCAUCACGCAGAUCGCGGCCACUCGCCAGCGCACCACCGACAAGUUUUCGUUCCAUAAAGACCUGGACGAUUUACUCGACGCACUGCACUCGUAUGAGUGUUUGUCGGCGGAGAAGGAAGACCUGCACGACUGGAAAGGCCAAUGGUAG